AUGGCAGAGGAAAAAUCGUCUCAUAGUCAUCUCAUUUCAUCGACGUGCUUUCCGUGCAUUUCAGUCAGGGAUAUUAAAACACAGACCUGCACAUCAGCGGACGGGACCGUGCACCACCUGUAUCAAAGCUUGAAAGAGAACUGCCAAACCUGUUCUUGCGAAUACAGUUAUUGGGAUAACCGCAUCGUUAAGAAUUGCUACAAUUUUUUGUAUCAUCAGUACUGUUCCGCAAAACCUCACAGAGAUUGUGUCGUCGUUGGAACAUACAAUUCGGGAUGCUGCGAUGAAUAUUUUUGUGACAAUACAACAUGCAGAUCGGACAGGGGUCAGUACUAUGCCAUUGGGGACACCUGGAGCCCAGCCGACGAGCCUUGCAAGAAGUGCACCUGUCAGGCGGACGGAGACGCCACUAAAACCGAAUGUGUCGCCAGAAACUGCCCCGAUCCGACAGGCCCCAAUUGUCGUCCACUCACCCUGCAGUUCCAGUGCUGUCCUUACGACUGGGAUUGCUCCGACUCAUACUUAAUCACGACGCCAAGGAAAUGGGUCAGAGGGCAGGAAGCGUCAGUCUGCGUCUUCCUCAUCGGCUCACCAGACAUCACAUUGAAUUUCUCGCUCAAAGACAAUUCGGAGGUUGUGUCCCAGGUCAGCCUAGAACAAACGGCUGCAAGCGGAUACCGCUGUGUGAAUGUGACAGUUCCCAGCAGCACUGGCUAUAAUUCUGUGCUUGAAAUUUCUGGAGAAAUAAACACUGCCUCCAUCUCCGAAAAACGCGACCUGAUUCUUGUGUCCCUCUCCCAGACUUUUAUCCAAACCGACAAAUAUCUGUACAUGCCGGGCAUAGUGCAGUUCCGCAUCCUGACAUCUGGAACGAGAGCUCUCGUUUCUUAUGAAGACAUUCCAGAGAUAUGGAUCAAAUCGCCUAGUGGCAGAAGGCUGACGCAAUGGAAAAAACACUCCCAAUCCAGUUGGACUGCUGCAGUUGGACUUCCAGGCACUUACCAGAUUUUAGUAAGAACCGAAGAGACAAGAGCAUCGCAGAGUUCAAAGUGGAAGAAUAUGUGUUGCCAAGAUUUCAGCCUCACCAUUCAGCCACCCCCAUAUGUCUUGGCAACCGACACAGAGGUCGUUUUCUCUGUAUGUGCCAAGUACACCUAUGGUCAGCCUGUUAAGGGGACUCUUAAGCUGUCUUUGACCAGGUCGUGUUAUUAUCAUUUUUACUUCGAUGACCCAACCCCGUUUUUAUAUGUGGAGAAGACACUCAGCGGUUGUGACGAAGUCAGUGUAGCAACGGCUGACAUUGGUUACGUCGGAUAUCAAAUAAAAGUGAAAGGUUCUUUUGUGGAAGAGGGAACAGGCAACGUCGCGAAUGCCACAGCUUCUGUGGAAGUGCAAUUCGCAUCUUCCAUUUUAGAAACCAUCACCCCUGAAGAAAACGUGAGACCGGGACUGCCGUUUAACUUCAGAGCACAGGACCUCAUUGAAUAUCAGCAAGGCAAUCUGGGUUGGCUAUAUUCUGGUUACACUAGCACAACCCCGUCAAGAUUCUUUUCUGCAUCUCAGUCCAGUCUCAGCCUGGGGUUGCUGCCUAAGUCACACAAAUGUUCACCUGGUGGAGACACCGUCACAAUCCCUGUGAUGUUUGUGGCUAACGAUACUUCUUCCAUCAUUCUGCACAUCCAGGUGUUCUCAAGAAGUCAGAUCAUGUACACCAGCGAAGAAGUCCACGACUUCACUCCAAAUGACCUCCCAAUCAACGAGUCAGAUCUUCUGGAGCCUUUGCAACCACUCAGUGACAGCAGCCUCAUCCGAGGAUACUUCAACAUUGACAUUCCCUUAGGGCCAUUGACUUCACCUCAUCUUAAGGUCCUGAUAUGGUACUCCCGCAGCGAUGGCGAGGUCGUAUCAACCUCUGGAAGCGCAGACGUGAGCAAAUGCCUCAGGAACCCGACCUCCCUCAGGUGGGAGACGAAAACGGAUGCUUUGCCCUCGCCAAAGGAUGACGUCAGUCUCGUCCUAUCAUCCGCGCCGAGCUCCGUCUGUGGCUUAGGGGUGGUGGAUGAAAGCGUUGAACUGCUCUCUGGAGGUCAGCGAGAACCCCGACGCUUGGAACAAUAUUCCAGUUGUUCGAAGCACCAGAAGUUAGAAGUUAACCCGUGGGAAAACUCACAAGUCAAUGAUUAUCUUUAUUGCAAUGGCAAUAACAAAAACUUUGUUAUCGUCAAUGAUUAUGGCGCUGCAGGGAUGACCACCUCGGCUGAAUUUGGUAAUAUCCUCACUACAACAGACGCUACGGCAUCUUUCGCACCAAUCACAGAACCUGCCUAUUAUACUACCACGAGUGGGUAUGUGGAUAUAGUCCCUAAUCCGGAAAAAGUCGAACUCGAUAGGACCUACUUCCCUGAAACGUGGCUCUGGGAAAUCGUUGUCAUUAGCGAAAGUGGCGAGACGGUGAAGGAGGUCGAACUUCCGGCGGUGACGACGUGGGUGGGCGAAGCCGUCUGCCUCCAUCCGGAGUUGGGCAUCGGACUGAGCCCCAAGUCCUCCAUCACCUCCUUCAUGCCCUUCUUCCUAGACCUCAGUCACCCAGCCACCGCCCGCAGGAACGAGAAGGUCCCCGUCCUGGUCUCCGUCUUCAAUUACCUGACCGAAAGUCUGCCUGUGACCGUUGAGUUGCUGCAAAGCGCAGAUUACACGUCCCCGACAUAUUCGACGAAGACCUGCGUCUCCGGCAGCGGGAAGGAAGUGGUGCAGUUCCUGGUGGUGCCUCUGGAGGCCGGGGACGUCAACCUCACCUUCAGUGCCUCCAUCGACACUGCCAAUGGAAGUUGCGGCGGGAUAGUUGACGUCGAAAGGAGCGCCUUUACGUGGUGCGUCGAAAGUUAUCCUGGGACUGUCAACGGCUCAGAUAAAAUUUACAUCUCUGCUUCCGCUGACCUCCUAGGACCGACCCUUGAGAACCUAGGAAACCUGAUCCGAAUGGCCUUAUGGCUGUGUGAACAAAAGUUUUAUGCUGAACUUUGGCACACCCCAACCCCCAAACUAUACGUGAUGCAAUACCUGGCAUCGUCAGGUCAGCUCACUCCCAGUGUCGAGGAUCAGCUUCUGAACUAUAUGAAAUAUAAAGGCUACCAGCAAGAGCUACUCUACCAGCACACUGACGGAUCCUUCAGCGCCUUUGGUAAUUCGGACGCCUCAGGAUCCACUUGGCUCACAGCAUUCGUGCUGAAGUCCUUCAGUCAGGCUGAUAGUUACAUCACUAUGGACGAGGAAAUCUCUCAUCUCAUCCAAAAUUGGCUGCUGUCCCUCCAAAGCGAAAACGGCUGCUUCCAGUCUGUCGGCUUUGUGCAUAACACCAACAUGCAGGGAGGCGUCGAUGGUUCAGAAGCGUCUCUCACAGCCUACGUCCUCAUAUCUCUUCUGGAAGGGAAUCUAACCCAGGACGUCCAGGUCAUAGCAAACGCCGUCGCUUGCAUCACCACAGCCACCACAAGUAGUAGCACCUAUAUCAAGGCCCUGACGGCAUACGCUCUCUCCUUGGCGGGCGACAGCAGCGCCGCUGCUACGCUCAUUUCAGAUGUGUACAACAGUUUUGACAUCAGGAAUUCCAGGUCUGUCUCAGGCUCUGACGUUGAAGCUGCCGCCUACCUCCUUCUGGCCAUGCUGAAUGAAAGUCCAGGAUCAUACGCUGCCUGGGCACUUGAUAUUACUAAGCUUAUAUCAACUUAUCACAAUGGACAGGGAGGAUUCGUCUCGACACAGGACACAGUGGUUGCUCUGCAGUCCUUCGCAGCCUUCAGCGAAGCCUUCUCGCCCACAGGAACAGACCUCACCAUAUCAGUCACUGCUGGAAGUCAGUCGUUUGAUAUCGUCAUAAAUUCAGAGAACAGCCUUGUCCUGCAGACUAGCUACAUCACAGGCGAUCCACCAUUCAACGUCACAGUGACUUCGUCUGGGAGUGGAUGCGCUCUUGUUACGGUUACCCACAAAUACAACGUCUAUGAAGAGCCAGAGAGCUCUGCUUUUGCAAUGUCUGUCAAGACAGACCGAGAAAGGUGCUCCUCUAUCAGUUCCCUGCAAAUUUGUGCUUCCUACGUCAAGGAGGACUCCGUAUCCAACAUGGCUGUGAUGGAGGUCGACCUCCAAACAGGAUACUCGGCAGAUGAGGACGACUUGAGAGGUCUCGUCGCUCAACAAGUCAUCAAGCGUUAUGAGCGGCUUUUCAGAUCUGGAAUUGCUCGUAAGUACAAUAUGGCAUGUAUGCGCCUCAGUGGCGUGGUCGGUUUGGUCUUGGCCUGCCACCUCGGUGCCCCUCCAUUGGGUCUUCACUCGUCAACUCCUCUGAAUGACACUCGAACAGCUAUGGAAGGUCUCCUUAUUCCAGUUCCGUUAGGUCCUCAUUCGUCAACUCCUUCUGAAGAGACUCAAGCAGCUCUUCAAAGUCCUCUUCCUCUAAGUCAGGCUUUAACUCUCACUUAUGUCAGGGAAACUGUUAACGAUUCCCUUUGCUCCUCUUCCUGA